UUUCAUUCUCCAAAUUCCAUGAAGGAACAAGGAAACCUAUGUUCCAGUCGGAUGUGAUCAUUUUUAAUCUUGUCUAAUUUUAUAUGAUCACACAUCUGUAAAGUUAAUAUCAUCGAAGAUGGAUAGGCUAUUAACCUUAGAGCCGUCUAAUGUGGUGACUAUACGACUUGAAUCAGGUCAGAAGUGUUCAGGUGAAUUAACCCUACGGAAUGUCAUGUACACCAUGCCUGUAGCGUUUCGUCUGCAGCCAGUGAAUAAGACACGUUACACGAUCCGUCCUCAAUCGGGCAUCAUCUCUCCACUAAACACAAUCACAUUGGAGAUAAUUUACCAUCUCCCUCCAAACACAGCUCUCCCAAACACUUUCCCUCAUUCUGAUGAUUCAUUCCUCUUGCAUAGUGUUGUUGCCCCUGGAGCAGCCAUUAACAAUAAGGCCAUUUCUCCCACCUUAUUAGACAUGGUCCCAAUUGAUUGGUUCACUACAAAGAAAAAACAAGUUUUCAUAGAUAGUGCUAUUAAAAUCAUGUUUAUUGGUUCUCCUGUUUUGUGCUACCUUGUGAAAAAGGGCUAUAUGGACGAAAUUAGAGAAGUGUUAGAAAAAAGUGACCCUAAUUGCAAACCAGCUGACUCAGUUGACUUUGAAGGUCAAACAUUACUCCAUUUGGCUAUUUCACAAAGUAGGCCUGAUUUAGUCCAAUUACUACUUGAAUUUGGGCCUAACAUUGAGGCCCAUAGUAGAUCAUGUUCAAGCCCAUUAGAAGCAGCAGCAGCAUUAGGAGAAUCUUUAAUUGUUGAACUUUUACUAGCAAAAAAGGCUAAAACUGAAAGAACAGAGUACUCUGCUUCAGGGCCAAUUCAUCUAGCUGCAGGAAAUGGCCAUUUGGAGGUACUAAAACUACUCUUACUCAAUGGAGCUGAUGUCAAUGCACUAACGAAAGACGGAAACACGGCCUUGCAUAUCGCGGUGGAGGAAGGUAGACGAGAUUGUGUUCGUGUUUUAUUAGCCAAUGGCGCGAGUGCUGAUGCACGAAACGGGGGGAAUUGUGAUACACCUUUGCAUAUUGCUGCUGGAUUAGGAGAUGAACAUAUGGUACGUGUAUUGAUUCAAAAAGGUGCUGAGAAAAAUGUACGUAACAAGUAUGGGAAAACGGCUUAUGAUGUUGCUGCUGAACAUGGGCAUAACAAACUUUUCGAUGCCCUCCGUUUAGGUGACAGCCUAUGUGUGGCGGCUCGAAAGGGAGAGGUACGAACCAUCCAACGUCUCCUAGAAAAUGGAGCCAGCAUCAACGGACGCGACCAACAUGGUUGGACUGCGUUGCACCGGGCAAGUUUCAAAGGACGAAUUGAAGUUGUAAAAUCAUUAAUAGAAAAUGGAAUUGAUAUAAAUGCAAAGGAUGAAGAAGGAUAUAGUGCAUUGCAUUGUGCAGUUGAAUCUGGACAUGUUGAUGUAGCUGAAUUGCUUGUUAAAAAAGGUGCAGAUAUUGAUUCUAGGACUAAUAAAGGUGUUAGUCCGUUACGAAUCGCAGAGUCAUUGAAGUAUUCGGGGUUGACUAGGGUAAUUAUGCAAGGUAACGGAACGAAAGAACAAGUAGUAGGUGCAAAUUUGGAGAUGAAUUUCGCGAAAUCAUAUGGUAAAAUGACUAAAGAUAUCGAAAUUGGGAAUGUCAAGAAAAGAACUCAUGUUAAUAAAUCGUCAAGAGUUCGGAGGAGUAGCAUUGAUAGAACUGUUCCAUUAGCUUGUUGAUUCGUGUGAUCGACAACUCGAUGCACUAAACUCUAUCUUAUAAGUGUAUGAUCUAGCUAGUCAAAGUUUACUCAAAGUGUCUAGGAUUCGUUGAGCCAUCAAUGGUAAAUUGUUGUGUUAGGUUUAAAUAAUUGUAAUUGUUCUAUUCCAUCAAAAUUAUCUUCCACUUUGCUUGUAUUGUUGUUGUACCUUUUUGG